UAUACAUCUAAUUCCACUUGGGAAUUUCGCAAGCUAUUACCCCUGAAAAGAUUCCCUCAUGCAACAUAAGCAAUUAUGUUUAAUUUUAAUGCCAUGUAAUUCUUGAAGCUGUAUAAAUUAUUAGCCAAUUAAAAUAGAUACAAAUGUGCACCUUUUCUCACAUAAAAAAUAAAAAUGUCGUAGCUUUUUGUUCCUUUUUUUUUUCUCCUUAUGACACGACUAAUCUCGAUAUAUGGUGCAAUGAAUUAUCAAUUCUUCUUUGAAGAUGGAGUAGGAAACAUUGUCAACGAAAAUGGCAAUGACCUGAUGGACAUUGAAGGUGAAGAUCCUUUCAAGUUGGAAGAAUUAACGUCCUACAUGCUUUAUAUUGAAGCGAGAUCAAAGACCUGUGAGGUAUUAGCAAAUGAAGAUAAUAUUGUUCAGGAUAUUAUAGAGGUGAAUUAUGUAACAGCUGAAAGUGCCAAAAAUAUUCCCAAAGAAAGCAAAAUAAAACUUCGUAGCCGUGACGAACUGAAAGCUCAUGCAGUUCAUCUCGUCGACAUUCACCCAAGAAAUAGUGCAAGGGUUGUCACUUUGGAUCUUAAUUUGCAACCAAGAAAUGUUCAAAGAUGGUACAAAGCUUGGAAACAAAAUGCAGAUUCUUUAUUUAAGAAGUUUGGGAGACCACGUAUUAUAGAACCAGAGGGUAAGCUUGCCGUGGCCACCAAGCAUAUAGUCUCUGGUUUUUACUUCAAGUAUCCUAUUGCUACUGUAGACCAACUUAUCAACAAGCUGACUGACGAUUUUGAAGAUUUUUCUAUAAAAUUGAUGAAAAAAUUAGUGCGGAAUUUGACAAAUUGGAAAAUUUAGACUUCUUUAAAUGAAAUUUACGAUCAUGUCCGAAAUAUAGAUCAUUGUCCAGUAAAUGAUCCUCUUAUAGCAUGGUUGUCUCUAACUGUUACUACGUUAUCGCUUUUAUUUUUACAAAAAGACAGUAGAACAAUAUAUGCUUUACUCGAGUCCGAUCAGUUGUAUCGAUUCUGGUUUUUUUUGAAUACUAUUUUCGAUAGUUCAUCCAUAAAAGCAAUUGGGAAAAGUCGAGUUAUUCGAACUCAAAUGCUAAAAAUGCCAAAAGGAAAAUAGCUGCAAUUGAAGAAAUGGCUAGUAAGAAAAUGGGUAGAAAAAUCGAUACCAUUUAUGCAGGUGAUAACUUUGAAUUUGGUGCUCUUGAAACUGGAAGUAAAGAUGACCAAACAA